GCUGUUACAGUAUAGCUUAUGGGACCGCUGGGUGGCGCUGUGACUACGAGGAGCCGCUGUCAUGCUGUUACGCUCAUGGGACCGCUGGGUGGCGCUGUGACCACCGGUACUUUUGAUCUAAUACACUGCAAGCAGGAAAUGUAACAAGUAGGAAGUUGGUCCGGAAACCUUUAUCGGAGCUGGUGAAGUAACCCCGGAGCCGGGAUUAUACACGGGAAUGCCUCAAGUACCCGUUUUGUAUGCCCUGUCUGGGGCAGAAUCUCCAAGAGUUUCCGAUUAUUGGCUUUACAGUUGUCUACGGAGGUUCAGUGGCUUUGUGGCACAUGUACUUGCACUCGGCGUCACCAUCUUCUUGGUGAUUCUUGCUCGUCCUGGAACUAGUCUCUUCUCAUGGCAUCCUGUGUUCAUGGCUGCUGCAGAGGAUUUUCAACAUGGACUUUCCAGCGCCUCCUCAAUGGAGUCGAUAGCUCCUGCACGAGGAAAGAUGGGGAAUACAGUAGCCAGACCCAAGGUGUACCCAAACGGGGAAGGAGGAGGGCUGGAAAGAGACACAAAAGGAGAAACAAGAUACCCUCUACGAUCACUCCUGACUCCAAGAUAAGUCCUGUGUUAAAUGUAUCUGCUUGUACAAUAACCGACUCACAAGUAUCUUUAUUGAGAUUGAAGGGUUGAAUUUUGUUCCUACCUGUAAUUUCCAGUUGUUUAAAACUAUUUUGGAUGUAAAUAAAUUUGCAAGGGAUUUAACAUUACGCAAGUAUUUUUUUUUCCGAAAAUGAUGAUAUUUAUGGAGAACAAAGUGUAGAAAGUGAUAUUAAUUAGCACUAUGCACGAAUUUUGGAGAUCAAAAUAACUUGCUAAUGUAAAAAAGUUUAGAAAUGGAAUCUGCAAAGAUAGCAGGAUUUAGUGGAGUGAGACCUUAUUUCUCUGUAUGAGACCGGUGCACAGAAUAAUAAUUCGGGUAAUUUGAAUAAAGCAGAAAAAGGUGCUUUAAAACAAGUAUCUAAAAAUCCCCAUAUGGUCAUAAAGGCGGAAACAUUGUUGUUCUGGACACCGGUCUCUACAGAAAAUUGAAUUUGGAAAUGUUAAAUAACUAACAGAUUUACAAACCUUUAACAGAAAAUCCGACUGAGUGGGUCAGAACAAAACUAAAAAAAAGUUUUGAGGGAAGGAGUAGUAAUGGGUGUCUUGAGUGAAAGGUUGGAGAACUAUCUGUGUGGAGAAUCCAGUAACGCCUAUAUUUAUAAUCCACAAUCCUCUUCCCGCCCCCUUUGAGACCUAUUGUGGCGGGCAUAGGGUCCCUUGUGGAGAAAUUGGGGGAAUGGGUGGAUGUGUACCUACAGCCAUUAACCAAAAUUACCCCCACGUACAUUAGAGAUACUGGACAUACUAUUGCUAUGUUAAAGGAUCAAAAAUGGGAGGACCACUUUGUGUGGGCAACGUGUGACAUUGUUGCUUUGUACCCCUCAAUCCCUUGGAAAGAAGGUUUGGAUGCGUGUUUUUGUUUAUAAAACUAUAGCACAUACUCCCCUGUUUUGUGGGAGUAUCUUAUGCUAGCAGUGGAAUUUUUACUCCAUCACAAUUUUUUCAUGUUUAUUCAGGAAUAUUUCCUUCAGACCAGGGGAGCUCCUAUGGGUGCCAAAUAUUCCCCUUUGUUAGCAAAUAUUUUUAUGAUUUUUUUGGGAGAUUACAUUUAUUUUCACUACUAAUAACCCAUUCUUUGAUUGCAUCCAAUGGAUAGGGCGUUUCAUAGAUGACCUACUCGUUAUUUGGAGGGGAAACAAUUUGACUAGUUUAUUCAGUACAUCAAUAGUAAUAAUUAAAAUCUCAGAUUUACAUCACAAUUCAACACCAAAACUAUUACAUUUUUGGAUAUAAUAUUUGACUACUCAGGGAAACAAAAUGAUUUCAAGCCCGUAUAGGAAGGAGACAUCUACCAAUUGUAUCCUAAAGGCAACAUCUUGCCAUCCGAAACAUGUUAUCGAAAAUAUCCCAUAUGGGAACUAUGUAGAUUAAAGAGAAAUUGUACAAUGGAGGAUACUUUUUCAACAGAAUCAGGACAAUUAAAUGAGAGGCUAAGGGAAAAGGGGGUACACUAAGAAGUAUUUGGACAGGGCUGCUAACAGAAUAAAAGAUCAAUGUAAAAACCAAUCACAAUGAAAAUAAAAACAAAAACAGGAGUACAAAAAAGUGCAGUAACAACUAGGGGAAAUGUAAGGAGGAAGACAGCAUUUGUAACAGCAUACAGCUCGCAAUUUGCAGCUAUAAAACAAAUUUUAUAAAAAUACCUACCAGUUUUGCAGGUGGAUACCACACUGAGAGAAAUAACCGCAUCUGGUGUGAAUGUCGUACCUAGAAGGGGUCCGUUAUUGGGAUCAAUACUAUCUCCUAGUAUGUAAAGCAGCAAAUUGAAUAGCAACCAGAUUCAGUGAAAAUACGCACCCUGGUUGUAAUGUAGGAUGUGGACACGCCAAAUUUUUAGUACAUGGUGAAAACAGGAGAGUUCAUAUCAUAUACUACGAGCCAAACAUAUCACUUAAAAAACAUAAUUAAUUGCUGCUCCACAUACAUAGUCUAAUUAGCGUCUUGCACACAGUGCCGUUUACAAUAUGUAGGAUCCACUAGCAACGAAUUGAAGGUACGAAUUAGGAGACACAUUUCGGAUACGAAAGUUCUGAAAGUGUGCGUUUCUGCCCUGACUCGCCAAUUUAUCGAAGUGCAUGAUAGAAAUACAGAUUUUCUCGAAGUUAAGGGUAUUGAAAAAGUUAAUAAUAAACCUCGGGGAGGGGAUAGAAAAAGGUUAUUAUUAAAUAGGGAAAAAUUUUGGAUGUUUGUACUUAAAACAGUCUAUCCUUUAGGACUUAAUCAAAGGCUAGACAUGGUCACAGUAUAUUAGAAAAUCUAAUUCCUUAGGUGUUUCUCCAACCUUUGACUUCGAGCCGAAUAUAUUUGCAAAGUAACUUUGAAUGUGAACAUGGUCUGUAAUGAUUAAUGUCGAAACCAAACCCAAUGUAAUGAAGUAGAAAUUCAGAACAGGGUUUCCAGACGUGUUUUUUUAACUAAAUCAUGUGAUUGAAUUUUGUGUAUUUGAAAUCAUUCUAUUACUAAGCGCUCUAUUGCGUGAAACGCGUCAGUAGUUUCCUGUUUCUAUGUCUUGUGGAAUAUGAUGUGAAUUUUCAAUAAAAGCAAGUUUGAUUGGGUCACCUUGAGCUGGACAGCAGUUGUCUUCGGCUCAAUAUGUUCAUGG